AUUCAUAUUUCUUGCACGUAAAGAUACUCUACGGCGAUUUUCUUUUUGACUUUUGUUUUUUUUUUCAGUAUCGAAACCUAAAAGCCUCAAAGGUUUUCGCCGGAGAGGAAAUUAUGCAGGGAUUGGCGGCGACCACCAACCGUGGCUCUCUUACAUUUAUCGCUCCCAGGAACCAUAGUCCAAUUCCAAAAAAGUAUGUGAAUCCAAGGGUGUGCUUCCCCAAAUUUGAUUCAUUACCAAAAUUAGGAUUGUCAGCAAGCUCAAAUUCACAGAGAUGUCCCCGAGAGAUUGCUCCUCUUUCAGCAAUGGACUUUGCAGCAGAAGCUGCAUCAACCAACCAGCUCUUUGCUCAUGGCUUGCCACCAUUGGCUCCUGGUCUGAGGAGACGCCGGAGACCACUAGAGCCCGCUAGAGCGUUUAAAGAUGACUUCUUCAAAAUCAAACUGCCAAAAAUAGCAGAGAGACCUGAAUGGUGGUGGAGGACAUUGGCUUGUGUCCCUUAUUUGAUAUCCCUUCAAAUAUCUGAUGUUGGUUUCUACGUCCAACCCUUUCUAGAAAAGCACGACGCCAUUGGAGACAUGAUUUAUUUCAUCCCGGGAGCGAUAAACAGAUGGCCGUCCUGGUUCUUCAUGGCUUACUGCUACUUGGGUUACAUGUGGGUGGUGAAGAACAAAGAAUUGCCUCAUUACUUUAGGUUUCACAUGAUGAUGGGUAUGCUUCUUGAAACAGCUCUUCAGAUCAUAUGGUGCACGAGCAAUUUCUUCCCGCUGAUUCAUUUCAAAGGACGGUUUGGGAUGUAUUAUUGGAUGGCGAUUGGAUUCACCUACAUCUGCUUGCUUCUUGAAUGCAUACGGUGCGCUCUCGGUGGAGUUUAUGCUCAGAUUCCUUUCAUGACCGAUGCUGCUUCCAUUCACACUCUCUUCAACUUGGGAGGUUUUCAGAGACCAAUCAGGUGAAAGGUGAAAAACUGGUGUUGCAUACUUGAAAUAGGAACAAGUCUUGUUCAUUCUCUCCAGAGGGAGGUUGUUGUGUCUUAUCGAGUCUAGUCUUAUGUGAAGUCUUUUUUAGCUUAGUGUCAGUGUCUCAUGUCAUGUGUAAAACAGAGCUUGGAAAUUUUGAUUAGCGAAAAACAAAUAUACAAGAAAAAU